AUGAAUCGCGAGGCGUUCGCGCAGCUGCUCGACAGCUCCUGGUUUACGUUCCGGCAACAGCUCCUGCAGGCUUAUCCGGAGCCGACCAAUGGUGUGCAUACCCCCUCCGAGGUCCGCUUCGACAUCGACGUCAAGCCAAGCAGCGAUGCAGAGGCGGUGACCUACGAACCCAAUAUCUUGUGGAGCCAAAGAAUCGAGGAGAACAGCUCGCCUGGCAUUCCUGAAAAGAAGGUCUCCUUGGCCGUCGAGGCGCCCGGCGAGGACCCUACCAAAGAAAGCGUCAGCGGAAGGAGAUCCAUGGCCUCACUGGACUCAGAAGAGGAAGAUCCCAGUAGCGCCAUCUCUCACGGUGACUCGCGCAUGUGUCUUACGUCCGGAAUGAAAGGCCUGAGCAACGCGGAGAUCCGCGCCAUCAAGCACCGGCUUCGCGUGAGGCUGGGCAAGAUCUCUUCCAUGAAGCUUGUUUCGGGCAAGAAUUUGCAUGAUGCUGUGUCGGGCCUGGGCUUGACGCGGUACACGGUGGAGGACAUGAAUGAUCUUGUCAAUCACUUAGCCACCUUCGUCGGCUUGGACUUUGAGGAUCUGCCCGAAGAGAAGGGGUGGGGCGGGGCGAUUGGUAUGGACUCCAUGUCCAGUAGUAUGAGCAUGUUCGGCUUCGGAGGGGGUGGCGACAAGCAAAAAGACUUCAGUGAGCCUAUCUGGGAGUGGCCGACGCUCAAGGAUGGAACUUCUAGUCAUUUGGGUCAUCAAGUAUCUUCCCACAGCCUGCCGGGGCUGCAUCAGUCAAACACCAUGAGCUCACACUCGGGUGUCGAUAAACAUGAGAAGUGCACCUACAACUUGGUGCCCAGGCAAGUGCUGAUAGAGGUCAUGGUGGCACAAGAAGGAGAUAUCCACAAGCGGAUCUUCGGCUCGAAGCUACAGCAGUUCAAGGCAAUCAAGGAAAUCUUGCUUGCCGGCGAUACAAACCGUUUGGUGGCGGAGCUUACGUUUGUCCGGAUAAACGACCUGGCAACCCCGCCCGAAGAUGUGAGCUUGCUUACCUAUCUGGAGCCUCUCGUUGGACUCAUCAUUGUGGCGAACGGCAUCAUGAUAGGCUUUCAGACGAGCCUAGAGUACGAGAACUGGUCUGGCUGGGUCUAUGUGGAGAUUGCGUUUGCUUGCAUCUUGCUGCUGGAGCUUUUGCUGCGCAUGCGAUUGUUGAAGUGCCGCGAUUUCUGGUGCGGUGCCGAGAGGCUGUGGAACUGGUUUGAUGUGUUUCUGGGUGUGAUGGCGAUCACUGAUGUCGCGCUGCAGCUAGUUUGGCAGGCCAGCUCAGAUAUGGAUGGCACCAGUCUUCUGCGCUUCUGCCGACUGUUACGCUUGGCGCGGAUUGUAAAAGUUUUCCGCUUAAAGUUCAUGAGAGAUUUGCGCCUGAUGAUCAAGGGCCUGGUUGCAGGAGUAUGGACUUUGUCCCUGGCAUUUCUGCUGCUGGCUGCAGUUCUUUACGUCAUCGCCGGAUUUACCACAGUGGCCAUAGGUCGCAACAUCCGACUGGAAGAACUGGGACUACACACAUAUUUCGCCAACAUCCCUAUGUCCAUGUUUACUGCGUUCCGAUGCUUCACCGGUGAGUGCGUUAGCGAUGAAGGUCGAUCCAUUCCAUCUAUCUUGGCAGAGGAGUUCGGCGUGCUCUUUGUGGUCAGCUAUGUGGCGAGCUACAUGCUCGUAAGCAUGGGCAUCUUCAACGUGAUUUUGGCGGUAUAUGUGGACAUCACAAUGAAAGCUGCAAAGGAGAACGAUGCAGUCAGCGCCGAACAGUAUGCUCGCGAGUCCAUUCGCAUUGCACGGGCAACCCGGGAGUUGCUGAAGAAGUUUGCGGCGGCCCACCACAUCUUCCAUGAGACGGAGGAUCACCACGUGGACAUGUCGCGUCUGACGCUCACUCCUUCUGCAACCUUGCUCACUGACGAUGAGAUCCACGAAAACAUCCAGAUCACGAAGGACUUAUUCCUCUGCGUGAUCCAGGAUAGAGGUGUGCAGCUCCUCAUGGACGAGUUGGAGCUGCCCCAAGAAAGAGCACGUCUCUUCGAGGUCAUUGAUGCUGAUGGAUCAGGAACUCUUCAUAUUGCUGAGCUGGUCCACGGCCUGCUGAAGAUCAGAGGCGAGGUCAACAAAAGCGACCUUGUCGCGCCAUUGCUGGCCACUCAGUCAGUCCAGAACCUGGUCACGAGCCUCAGGGAGAUGACCCAGACUUCACUGGAGGCCAUGCAAAAUGAAGUUCUCCGACAAUUCCAGGAGCUCCCUCGACGUAUAUACUUCCAAAGCCUACCCGGCCUCUCGUGCUCAUGCUCGAGGGCACAGGCGCCCGAAUCUGGAAUGCUGAUCCGAUCGCCAAGCCUGGGGGCGAAAGGGCUGGCUGUGAAGCCACCACGACAGCCCAGGGUGCUUGAGGGCCAUGAGGAGGAGCCUACACCAUGUGAGCCAAGCUCAGUGGCGUAG